AUUAAAUGCUCGCCUUCGAAUUACUUUAAUUCUUUUACUUAUAAUUACGUUCUUAUCUUACCAAUUCAUUUUUAUCUCUGAUAUUUUUGAUUAUUCACUUUGGUUUGACCCUUCCUUAAAAAUUUCAUAUUAUCUUGGAUCUGACGUAUAUCUUAAAAAUGUUACCCGUCUUCCUAAAAUACAAUAUGAUUUUGAUAUUCCUGAAACAUUAAAUGAAAAAUUAAUUCGUGAAUCCAGACGUGAUUCUAUAAAAAAAGGUUUUCUACAUGCUUGGAGUGGAUACACGAAAUAUGCUUGGGGAAAAGAUGAAUUAGAACCUGUAACGAAUUAUAGUCGUGAUAAUUUUAAUGGUUGGGGUGCAACCAUUGUUGAUUCUUUGGAUACUAUUUGGAUAAUGGAUUUAAAAGAUGAGUUUAAUCGUUCAAGAGAUUUCGUUGAAACCGUGGAUUUUACUACAAGUGAUGGUCGAAUUAGUGUAUUUGAGACUACUAUCCGUUAUUUGGGUGGUUUAUUGAGUGCAUACGAACUUUCAAAUGAUCCUGUAUUUUUAAAAAAAGCGUUAGACUUGGGAAACGCUUUAUUACCUUCUUUUAAUAGUGGAUCUGGUCUUCCCUAUAAUGAUUGGGAUCUUAAAUG